GGCUGGGCUGCAAGGAAGGUUCCCGAGGGCCUGACAACCAGGAAGAAUUUAAGGACUCUAAGUGAAGGCGUAGAUUUCCCUAAGGCACUUCACAGAAGAUUUCAAGUUGGAGGUGUUUCAGGUCGUAACAUGAAAAUGCUGCUGAUUUUGUUCCUUAUAAUAAUGUGUUCCUGUGUUUCUAUGAACCAAGAUUCUGGCCCUGAGUAUGCAGAUGUGGUGUUUCUGGUGGACAGCUCAGAUCACCUGGGAAUCAAGUCCUUUCCACUGGUGAAAACAUUCAUCAGCAAAAUGAUCAGCAGUCUCCCCAUAGAGGCCAACAAAUACCGUGUGGCUCUGGCCCAGUACAGUGACGGGCUUCACAGUGAGUUCCACCUCAACACCUUCAGGAGCAGGAACCCCAUGCUGGGCCACCUCAAGAAGAGCUUCAGGUUCAUUGGCGGGCCUCUGAAGAUAGGAAAUGCUCUUCAGGAGGCCCACAAGACCUAUUUCUCUGCACCCAGAAAUGGAAGAGACAAGAAGCAGUUCCCCCCAAUUUUGGUGGUCCUGGCUUCAGCCAAGUCUGAGGAUGAUGUGGAAGAGGCUUCAAAGGCCCUGAAGAAAGAUGGAGUGAAAAUCAUCUCGGUGGGGCUGCAGGAGGCUUCUGAGGAAAACCUGAAGGCCAUGGCCACGUCUCAGUUUUAUUUCAACCUUCGGACAGUCAGAGAUCUCAGCACAUUUUCCCAAAACAUGACACAAGUCAUCAAGGAUGUAACCAAGUACAGCGAAGGGACAGUCAAUGACAUCCAUGUAGAAGUUUGCCAAGGCCCCUCUGUGGCUGACCUCGUGUUCCUGUUGGAUGUGUCAAUCAAUGGCAGCCAGGAGAACUUUGACUACCUUAAAGCAUUCCUGGAAGAAAGUGUGUCUGCCCUCGAUAUAAAGGACAGCUGCAUGAGGGUUGGUCUUGUGGCCUACAGCAAUGAGACCAAAAUUAUCAGUUCCCUGAGUGUGGGCAUCAAUAAGUCAGAGGUGCUCCACCAGAUCCAGAACCUCUCUCCCCAGGCUGGCGAGGCCUACACCGGAGCUGCCCUCAGGAAGGUCCAGAAGGAAGUCUUCAGCCCACACCGAGGCAGUCGGAAGAAUCAAGGGGUGCCCCAGAUUGCAGUGCUGGUGACCCACAGAGUUUCGGAAGACAAUGUGACGAAGGCAGCUGCCAACCUCCGGCGUCAAGGAGUGACCAUCUUCACCGUGGGCAUAGAGGAAGCCAGCAAAGCCCCGUUGGAGAAGAUCGCGUCCCACCCUGCCAAGCAGUAUGUCUCCACACUGAGCUCCUUCUCUGAGCUGGCCGCCCACAACCAGACCUUUCUGAAGAAGCUUCGGAACCAAAUCACGCACACCGUCUCUGUCUUGGCAGAGCGGACUGAAACCCUAAAGUCUGGUUGUGUGGACACCGAGGAAGCUGACAUCUAUUUGCUCAUUGAUGGCUCUGGGAGCACCCAGGCCACCGACUUCCAUGAAAUGAAGAGUUUUCUGUCAGAGGUGGUAGGGAUGUUCAACAUUGCCCCCCAUAAGGUCCGGGUUGGGGCUGUUCAGUAUGCAGACAGCUGGGACUUAGAGUUUGAAAUCAAUAAGUACUCCAACAAGCAUGAUUUGGGUAAGGCCAUUGAGAACAUCAGGCAGAUGGGUGGGAACACAAACACGGGUGCAGCCCUGAACUUUACACUAGGGCUUCUGCAGAGAGCAAAGAAACAGCGUAGAAACAAAGUGCCGUGUUACCUUGUUGUCCUGACAAAUGGAGCGUCCCAGGACAGCAUCUCGGAGCCUGCAUUCAGACUUCAAGAGGAGAACAUCCGUGUUUAUGCUAUUGGGGUCAAGGAGGCCAACCACACACAACUGCAAGAAAUUGCUGGCGAGGAAAAGAGAGUAUACUAUGUGCAUAACUUUGACGCCUUGAAAGACAUAAGAAACCAAGUUGUUCAAGAAAUCUGUACCGAAGGAGCCUGCAAAGACAUGAAAGCUGACAUCAUGUUUCUGGUGGACAGUUCUGGCAGUAUAGGACCUGAAAACUUCAUUAAAAUGAAAAUGUUUAUGAAAAACUUGGUGAGCAAAUCUCAGAUUGGGGCAGAUCAGGUGCAAAUUGGUGUUGUUCAGUUCAGUGAUGUCAACAAGGAAGAGUUUCCACUCAACAGAUUCAUGUCCCAAAGUGACAUUUCCAAUGCAAUAGACCAAAUGGCUCACAUUGGGGAAACCACCUUGACCGGCAGUGCCCUGACUUUUGUGUCUCAAUACUUCAGCCUUGCCAAGGGGGCCCGGCCCAAUGUCAGAAAGUUUCUCAUCCUCAUCACAGACGGUGAAGCUCAGGAUAUAGUGAAGGACCCAGCAGUUGCACUUCGGCAAGAAGGCAUAAUUAUCUACUCCGUAGGCGUAUUUGGCUCCAACGUCACCCAGCUCGAGGAGAUCAGUGGAAGGCCAGAGAUGGUUUUCUAUGUUGAGAAUUUUGACAUUCUGCAGCAUAUUGAAGAUGAUCUUGUUUUUGGAAUAUGCAGCCCCCGUGAAGAAUGCAAGCGGAUUGAAGUUUUGGAUGUUGUGUUUGUAAUUGAUAGCUCUGGCAGCAUUGACUAUGAUGAAUAUAAUGUCAUGAAGGACUUCAUGAUCGGUUUAGUGAAGAAAGCUGACGUGGGCAAGAAUCAAGUCCGGUUUGGUGCUUUGAAGUAUGCCGAUGACCCAGAGGUGCUAUUUUAUCUGGAUGACCUUGAUACAAAACUGGAGGUGAUAUCGGUGCUCCAGGGUGACCAGCCCAUGGGAGGCAACACUUACACUGCAGAAGCUUUGGCCUUCGCAGACCACAUGUUCACAGAAGCCCGGGGAAGCCGCCUGCACAGGGGAGUCCCCCAAGUCCUCAUUGUGAUUACUGAUGGGGAAUCCCACGAUGCUGAAAAACUCAAUGCCACCGCCCAGGCCUUGCGGGACAAAGGCAUUCUUGUCCUGGCUGUGGGGAUUGCCGGUGCCAAUCCAGUGGAGCUGUUAGCCAUGGCAGGGUUCAGUGACAAGUACUACUUUGUGGAGACUUUUGGAGGCCUGAAGGGGAUAUUUUCAGAUGUGUCUGCCAGUGUUUGUAACUCUUCAAAAGUAGAUUGUGAUAUUGAAAAAGUAGAUCUUGUUUUCCUCAUGGAUGGUUCAAAUAGCAUUCAUCCAAGUGACUUCAAGAAGAUGAAGGAAUUUUUGGUAUCUGUUGUCCAAGACUUUGAUGUCAGUCUCAAAAGAGUGCACAUAGGAGCAGCCCAGUUCAGUGAUAGCUACCGGCCAGAGUUUCACCUGGGAACUUUCAUAGGGGAGAAGGAGGUAUCAUCUCAGAUUGAAAAUAUCCAGCAGAUCUUUGGAUAUACACACAUUGGUGCUGCGCUCCAGAAGGUGAGCCAUUACUUCCGGCCAGACAUGGGCAGCAGGAUAAACACAGGUACCCCCCAGGUGCUGCUGGUCCUCACGGAUGGCCGGUCCCAAGACGAGGUGGCUCGGGCGGCUGAAGAGCUGAGACACAAAGGUGUGGACAUCUACUCCGUGGGCAUCGGAGAUGUGGAUGAGCAGCAGCUCAUCCAGAUCACUGGGACUGCAGAUAAAAAACUCACAGUUCAUAACUUCGAUGAACUGAAAAAGAUCAAGAAAAGGAUUGUUCGCCACAUCUGUACCACGGGGGGCGAGAGCAAUUGCUUUGUGGAUGUUGUGGUUGGAUUUGAUAUCUCAACUCAGCUGAAAGGGCAGACUUUGCUCACAGGUCAGCCGUGGAUGGGAACCUACCUUCAAGACAUCUUACGGGCCAUCAGUUCCCUCAAUGGGGUGAGCUGUGAGGUGGGCACUGAGACUCAGGUUAGUGUGGCUUUUCAAGUGACAAAUGCCAUGGAAAAAUAUUCUCCCAAGUUCGAGAUCUACAGUGAAAACAUCCUGAACAGCUUAAAGGAUGUGACUGUUAAAGGCGCUUCUCUUCUCGAUGUGAACCUCCUGAGCUCCCUGUGGGACGCCUUUCAGAACAAGUCUGCUGCUCGAGGAAAGGUGGCCCUUUUGUUUUCAGAUGGAUUGGAUGAUGAUAUUGAAAAACUUGAACAAAAAUCUGAUGAAAUUAGAAAAGAAGGCCUGAAUGCCCUCAUAACUGUGGCUCUCGAUGGAGCUGCCCAUUCCGGUGACCUGGCUGAUCUCCUCUACAUUGAAUUUGGAAAAGGAUUUGAGUACAGGACACAGUUCACUAUCGGCAUGAGGGACCUUGGGACUCAAUUGUCAAAGCAGCUGAUCAAUGUUGCCGAAAGGACGUGCUGCUGUUUGUUCUGCAAGUGUAUCGGAGAAGAUGGCACCAUAGGAGAUCCUGGACCACCAGGGAAAAAGGGACCCACAGGUUUUAAGGGCAGUGAAGGCUACCUGGGGGAGGAAGGUGUUGCUGGUGAGCGAGGAGCCCUUGGACCAGUGGGACAGCAAGGUAUUAAAGGAUGCCAUGGUACCAAAGGUCCCAAGGGAACCAGGGGACUAAAUGGAGAAGAGGGAGAAGUUGGGGAACUUGGAAUCAUUGGAUUAAGUGGAGAACAGGGUGAUAGUGGCAUUCCUGGAAGAAAAGGAGAAAAGGGCGAUGAGGGGUCCCAGGGAAGCCCAGGAAAGAGAGGGAGCAAAGGUGAUCAUGGAGCGAAGGGUCUGAGAGGAGACCCGGGAAUCCCUGGAUAUGACAAUAUCAUACAAGGACCCAAGGGCUUGAAAGGAGAACAUGGAAGACAAGGUAGAAGAGGCUGGCCAGGCCCCUCUGGGACACCAGGCUCCAGGAGAAAGACAACAGCUCAUGGCCGAAGAGGACAUACAGGCCCACAGGGAAAUAUAGGCAUCCCAGGCCCAGAUGGGUUCGAAGGUUCCUUGGGACUUAAGGGCCCUCAGGGCCCAAGAGGAGAAGUUGGUUCAAGAGGAGAAAAAGGAAGUCUGGGAAUUAAAGGUCCCCAGGGGCCUCCAGGACCUGGAGGAGAGGCAGGGAAUCCAGGCCAUUCCGGAAAUCAAGGAAAUAAAGGAGAACCUGGAGAUCCAGGAGAAAAAGGAGCUGUUGGUUUUCCUGGUCCUCGAGGAUUGCUGGGUGAUGACGGCAGUCCAGGUUAUGGUAGCAGGGGACAAAAAGGAGCAAAGGGGCAAGAAGGAUUCCCUGGAGAAAGUGGACCUAAGGGUGAGAUUGGAGACCUUGGUUAUCCAGGAGACACUGGACGCAAGGGAGCUGGAGGCAAAAUGAUGUCUGCUGGACUUCGGGGAGAGCUGGGAUCCCCUGGGGAGCCAGGACCUCCUGGGCGAAAGGGUAUGAAGGGGCCCAAAGGAUUGGCUUCGUUUUCUACAUGUGAACUCAUUCAGUAUGUGUGGGAUCACAGUCCUGGUGGACAUGGAAAACCCGAAUGCCCGGUGCAUCCAACAGAGUUGGUUUUUGCCUUGGACCAGUCCAGGGAUGUCACAGAGCGGGACUUCGAGCGGAUGAAGGGGAUGGUGGCUUCCCUGGUGAGAGACUUGAAAGUCCGGGAGCGUGGCUGUCCUGUGGGAGCGCGCAUUGCCAUCCUAGCCUACGGCUCGCACACCAAGCACCUCGUGCGCUUCUCUGACACCCACCGGAAGGACCAGCUGCUCAGGGAAAUUGAAGCUCUUCCUUACGAAAGAUCCCUCGACAACAGGGAGACUGGCAAAGCAAUGAGGUUUAUUUCCAGGAACGUCUUCAAGCGAACACUUCCCGGGGCUCACACCAGAAGAAUUGCCACGUUUUUCAGCGGUGGGCAGUCGGCGGAUUUCCAGUCCAUCACCACGGCCACUAUGGAGUUCGGGGCGUUGGACAUCACGCCGGUGGUGAUUGCUUUCAGCAACGUGCCCUCCAUUAGGCGAGCUUUCUCGAUUGAUGACACUGGCUCAUUCCAAGUCAUAGUGGUUCCCUCUGGGACUGACGACUCACUAGCAUUAGAGAGACUCCAACGGUGCACUUUCUGCUACGAUAUAUGCAGGCCAGAUGCAUCUUGUGACCAAGCCAGAUCACCUCCUACACAGUCUUAUAUGGAUGCCGCUUUCCUUCUGGAUGGCUCCCGGAAUGUGGGAAGUGCUGAAUUUGAAGACCUAAGAGGCUUCCUAGGGGCACUGUUGGAGCACUUUGAAAUUACCCCAGAGCCCAAGACCUCAAUCACUGGAGACCGGGUGGCCCUACUGAGCCAUGCUCCCCCCAACUUCCUUCCCAACACCUGGAGGAGCCCGGUUAGGACUGAGUUCAACCUCACCACCUACAGCAGCAAGCGCCUCAUGAAACGCCAUGUGGAACAAUCAGUUCAACAACUGAAUGGAGAUGCUUUCAUUGGUCAUGCCUUACGGUGGACUCUGGACAAUAUCUUCUUAAGCACACCCAAUCUGAGAAAAAACAAAGUUAUAUUUGUGAUAUCUGUUGGAGAAACCAGUCACUUGGAUGGAGAAACCCUAAAGCAAGAGUCUUUGCGAGCCAAGUGUCAGGGCUAUACCCUAUUUGUGCUUUCCCUGGGCCCUGCUUGGAAUGACAAGGAACUGGAAGAUCUAGCCAGCCUCCCUUUGGACCACCACUUGAUCCAGCUUGGUCGAAUUCAUAAACCUGACUACAGAUAUGGUGUGAAGUUUGUGAAGUCCUUUAUAAACUCAGUCAGGCGUGCAAUCAACAAAUAUCCACCAAUAAACUUCAAAGCAAAAUGCAACAGGCUCAGCCCCACAGACUCAAAGCAGACCCCACACCAGUUCCGGAGUUUUGUUCCUGGACCACAUAAAGCUGCCCUCAAAGAUGAAUUACAGGAGGUGAAACUCUUUCAAGACAAAAAAUUUCUUUCAAAAGCAGAAAGACGUGGCAGAGAUGAAGCUAUUCGAAAUCUUCCUGGAAGCAUAUACCUUACCUUUAAAAACGGAAGAAGAGUGAUAAAAACUAUUCCUAAACGACAGGAUAAUGGAAGUGCUCGAACAACUGAUCCUUAGGAAACAUGGUAACAUGGAUUUAAAUAAUAACCAAAUCCACUCCACAACUCUGAUCAAAUUUUAUUUGGGUAUCUGGCUGCAUCCAGCGGUCCACUCUGGAGGGAUGAACAAGCCAUAGCCUGUUGAUAAUCAGGUAACUUAAUAUCUUGUCCAUUUAUUUGACCACUCAUGACAACUCCAGCACUCAAAAGCAAAGUCUUAUGGAGAUGCAAUUUGAAAGUAAAUUUUACAUAAAUGUAUGUACACAUGUACAUGUGUGUACAUGUGCCAAUGAUAAUACUUUGGGUUGCAGGUAUCCGUUCAGUCCAUUUUCUGCAAAGCAAGCUUUCUGAAUUUAGUACUGUUUAAUUCUCAUCUGUUUAACCAAAAAUGUUUAAUGUUUAGCUUCUCUAAAUUUACCCUAGAAAUCAAUGCUGUUUCUGUGUCAUGUUUUUGGAAACUGGACCUUUCGCCUCUCACUUUUGGCAGUGUUUUCUUGGAAUGGUGAGCAGCAGAGGGUAAUUUUCUCCAACUCUAAAUCCUACUAAACUUACCAAGAAACUCAUUAAUUCUCCCAGAUCAUAAAUGAUUACUUUGGAACUGGAAGUUCUAUCUCUGUCAUAGAAUCUCCUGCCAAGCCAUUUUGAUGGAUUUCUAGUUACUCUUCCCUAUUAUGGUCAUUUAUUUUCACUAAUUUAUAUUCUUUAGAUAUUGAGUCAAGAGCAAACAGCACUCAUAUAGGAUUGGCAGAACUCUGAAAAGAGCAUUAUAUGGACACUAACUUCGGAAAAGGCAAGAAAAUCUUCAACAUUUUAACCUACAAAUCCAUAUGGGUUGGACAGAUAUGAGAUCAGAGUUAGAGCAGGAAAGAUCUUCCCAGUGCCUAGCCUCUAACUGCAGUCUUUGACACCUCUUCUCCACCCAAGUUUUGCUCUUAUAAUGGGGCUGAUACUGUUAACAACUAAAUGCCAAAGUAGCACUGUGUAUUCAAACACAAUGCUGAGACCUUACAUCAGCCUAAGAGCUGGCUCCACAGUUGGUAGCAAUGGCCCCACUAGGCAGACUGUCACUGCCUUCAGGAAGGAAGGAAAGCCCUACAUAGACAUAUAGGACAGAAGGUUAUGGACACCAAAGUCCAGUGGGCUGCAUUCAGAUUUUCUUCUCUACACUUCUUUUUCAUAAAGCCUGGAAAGAAGAGCCACAUGAAAUAUUUUUUUUUUAACCAGUUCUGUCAUCCUUAUUCAGGAAACUAUAUAAAGACAGCUCCCAAUGUCUCCAGAGGAGCAAGAAGUCCAAGGAGUUCAAUGUCAAACUCAGGUAACAGAGAAGAAAAAAGGCACGUGAGAUUUCUUCAUCUGUCCUAAAAUGGUGCUUAGGGGGUUAGGAAAAACAUAGGUUUCAAGUAGAGAUUGAUGAUCAAUAUUUAAGAGGUAUUUUAGUAACAAGGAUUUUUUCUAAUUAACUUUGAAUUAAGCACAAAUACCUUUCU